UUUUCUGACGUAUUUCCGGGGCGCCGGGGCCUACGGAAGCUGUGAUAGCUACUGGGAAGCCGAAGGCCGCGAAAAUGGUAGUUACCAGGUCUGCACGUUCUCAGGCUACAAUACAAGUCACGUCGGCCUCCAGCCGCCAGCAAAAGAGUUCUGCUGGUGGAAUUCAGGCACAUCCGGAAAGCAGGAAGGAAUCUGGACCUGAUAACCAAAUUACAGCUGACUCACAGACUGCUGGGAAACAAAGUUCAAUCUCUAGGAUUCCUAAAACCAAAAAGAGAAAGAGCAGGACUACAGCAGGCUCACUAGCAGAGAUCACUGAACCAUCUACUGAUGGAGAGUUUUCUGAAACAGAGUCAAAUUGUUCUUCAGUGUCUGAGAUCCAGGAGCCUAUUCUGAGAAUAACUAGGAGAAGGCAGAUCAUAAUUGCACCCACACCAGUGUCCACUGUAAGAAAAAAGCAGAAAAUAACUCAAUUAAAUGACUCUGUUGCUGAAGAAAUUGUCUCUGAAGCAGAAUCUCAUGCUUCAGGUAUUUCUAAAAUUGUGCCUUCCCCAGAAAUGACAAGAACCAGAAGUAAGGCUAAAUCUCUAACAGGUCAAAGCCAAGAAUCACAUGCAGAAGCUGUGUCUGAUGCUGAAUCUUCAUGCUCUGACAUUUCAUUCCCUGGAAUUACACAUAAGAGAACAACCAGGAUUAUGCCAAGGAAAUUACAGGCACAAGCUGAUAACAAAUAUACUAAGAUUAUACCAGAAAAUAAAAAGGGAAUCAUGGAUAUUUCUAUGAAGUCAGAGGAUUCACAUCCCAGACCGAGUUUGGAUGAAGAGGAAAACAGAGUAAUAGAUGAGAGAAAGGAAAAUGAUAAAAGUUCUCAGUUGAAAUGUCUUUCUAAACUUCAGGACACCAGCCUUCAGCAGUUUGUCUUUCAGAAGCACUCAACCCCUCAAAAUAAUAAAGCCACAUCGGAGUCCUCAAAUCUGAACUGUGAGGCUGUAAUGAAAUCAUUAGCUCAAACUUUUGCAGUUGUAGCAGUGAACAGAUGGAAUGAAGAGAGAAAGAGCACCGUAAAAACAAAUGACCUGACAAAGUUCAGUGGUCAUGGUGGUGAUGAUGAAGAGUCCACGAGUAAAGUCAGUGAGGACAACAACAGUGAAAGGAGUGUAGGUCUUGAAUGUGAUACCAAACUAAACAAAUCUGAGCUCAAUCAGUCUCAGGAUAUAGAUGAUUCUGUCUUACUAGUUCUCAGCAGUGAUGAAAGCCCGCAGUCUGAAAACGGUGAAAGUGAAGAGGACACUGUGUGUUUUGUUGAAAAUAGUGAUCAAAAAGAAUCAUUAAAUGGAAACUCAGAAAAUACAUCUCAUGACAAUGCAUUCUUUGUAAUUGACACAACUCCUGGGUUGAAUGCUGAUAAAAAUUUUUACUUGGAAGAUAAGGCAAGUGAGGUUACCACUGAGGAAGGAAAAGAAGAGGAAGAGGAUGAAAGCAGUGAAGAAGAACCAUCAGACAGUGACAGAAAUAAAGAUGAGUAUAGCGAUGAAGAUGACUUACUAAAUAACACAAAGUCUAAACUUCUGAAGUUGACAAGCAGCAGUAUAGACCCUGGUCUGAGUAUCAAGGAAUUGGGUGGUGUGUAUAUUAAUUUCAAUGCAGAAAAACUUCAGUCUAAAAAGAAAACUCUAACACAGAUCAAGGAGAAAAAGAAAAAUGAGCUUCUACAGAAAGCUGUUAUUACACCCGAUUUUGAAAAAAACGAUUGUGUCCCACCAUAUAGUGAAUCAAAGCGUCAACUUCAGAAAAAACGCAGGAAAGAACGACAAAAAACUGCAGGUGAUGGUUGGUUUGGUAUGAAAGCUCCAGAAUUGACUGAUGAACUUAAAAAUGAUCUCAAAGCUCUGAAGAUGAGAGCAAGCAUGGACCCAAAAAGAUUUUACAAGAAAAAUGACCGAGAUGGCUUCCCUAAGUACUUCCAGAUUGGAACUAUUGUUGACAAUCCUGCUGAUUUCUACCAUUCACGAAUUCCCAAGAAGCAAAGGAAAAGGACUAUUGUGGAAGAACUGCUGGCUGAUUCUGAGUUCAGAAGAUAUAACCGGAGGAAGUACUUGGAGAUCAUGUCUGAAAAAGCAGCAAAUGCAGCAGGAAAAAAAUUCAGAAAGAAGAAGAAAUUUCGCAAUUAAUAUUCACCAGGCAUAUCCCAGUAUUUUACAUCUUCACUUUAUUUAUUUGUAAAAGAUGUUUUUUGUUUCUUGUUUUUUUGUCUUUUUGAGACAGGGUCUCACUGUGUG